UUUGAAUCAAUAAAUAUGAAGAAUGUCCUUCACUGGUCAGCACCAGAAGGCACAGGUGAUGGAGUAUUCUACAAGGUGAAGUAUGCAGUAUAUGGUGUUGGCAAAUGGAUUAGAAAGCCAGAAUGCAGGAAUAUAAACAGAACAUGGUGUGACCUCUCCAGUGAGACCUCUGACUACGAAGAACAAUACUAUGCAAGUGUUAAGGCAUUCCUAAAUGGGACAUGCUCUGACUGGAUGGAGACCACACGAUUCAACCCUCUAACAGACACUAAAAUAGAUCCACCCAUGGUAAGUGUAUCUUCUACUGACAGAUCUAUUUCGAUCAUUUUGACUGCUCCUGAGAAGUGGAAGAGAAGUCCUGAGGAAGAAUCCAUAUCUCUGCUUCAGGUGUAUCCUGGCCUACAGUACAACGUGUCUGUGCUCAACAAAAAAACAAAGAAGCGGUGGUUCUUCUCCAUCAGCAACAACACCUUGGUCGUGCCCUGGUUAGAGCCUGGAACAGCUUAUUGUGUCAGUGCACAGAUACAUGUCACCACACCAGUUUUGGACAGUGGCUUUUCCAAAGAACAUUGCAUUACUACAUUGAAAGAUAAAACAGAAGAUGAGGCUAUAACAAUCACAUUUGGAUGUAUUAUGCCUACCACGCUGGCUCUACUUUUUAUUUCUGUGGCAUGCUAUUGUGUGCACAAGUAUAUUCACGUCCACAAACAAAAACAUCCAGCAAAUCUGGUAUGGCAGUACACUGACAAAUGCAAGGGACGAGUUUUCAUACCAAGUGAAAAAGUAGUGCUCAACCUUAUCACUGUGACUGGGGAUGACUGUAAGAAAUCCAGUUGUCUAUCAGAAAGGAAAAAUCCCCAUUACAACUCUAUUUGCAAUGACACUGAAGGGGAGGAUUUGCCUUCUAAACAAGUGCUGGAAGCAAGAUAUUUGCUUGAUAUUUCACUCAAAGAAGAUACUUUAGUGGAAGGGGACCAAACUGGAAAAUGGGAAUCUCCUGGCCGGUCUGGAGCACAGAAUACCUGCAGAGAUAAAAAUUCAGGGGUUGUAGAGUAUGAACAUGAUGUAAGGGCUGAAGACUUCAGUCCUGGUCAGAAACCAGAAGAGAAGUUUUGUGCCCCCAGGGGGCUACAGGGUGAGCCACAGAUUGCUUUGGGGGACUUGGUUGAUAUGGAAACAGGACAGCUAUCUUCCCCCCAGCAAGAGGUAAGGGUAGCAGACCUUUGUUUGGGACAGAAAACAGAGGAACUUAAUUUGAAGGUGGCUGAUGCAGGAGACGAAUUGCCAGGUGAGACCCAUAUCGACUUCAUGGACCUGGAUACUGAGAAAUCUGGGCAGACAUCCUAUCAUCAGCUGGAAAAAAUCACACAGGACCUCACAGAGAAAGGUGUGCAGAGCAUAUUAGUUGAUUUGGAUCCUCACAGUGGAAGACUGUAUAUUCCUACUUUGUCCAGUGUUGAAGAUCAGAUGUGUGAAGGAGUAUUCAAGUGUGAUGAUCCCAACAAAGAAGGAAUUUUACUCAGACUCUAUGAGAAAGAAGUAUCUGGUGAAUCAUCUGAGGACCAAGAAAUGUAUCUCCUGCAGUUCAAGGAACAAUGGGGACUUCAUGUAGAAAUGGAAGACUGA